UUAUAUCAUGUGCUCCCCAGAGUCCCUCCUUACAUCAGAUGUCCCCAUCAGAGUCCCUCCUUACAUCAAGUGUUCUCCUCAGAGUGCCCCCUUAUAUCACCUGCCCCCACCCCAGAGUCCCUCCUUACAUCAGGUUCCCCAUCAGAGUGCCCCCUUAUCACCUGCCUCCACCCCAGAGUCCCUCCUUACAUCAGGUGUCCCCAUCAGAGUGCCCCCUUACAUCAGGUGUCCCCAUCAGAGUGCCCCCUUACAUUAGGUGUCCCCAUCAGAGUGCCCCCUUACAUCAGGUGUUCAUAUCAGAGUACCCCCUUAUAUCAGGUAUCCCCAUCAGAGUGCCCCAUUACAUCAGGUGUUCUCCUCAGAGUGCCCCCUUAUAUCACCUGCCCCCACCCCAGAGUCCCUCCUUACAUCAGGUGUCCCCAUCAGAGUGCCCCCUUUACAUCAGGUGUCCCCAUCAGAGUGCCCCUUUACAUCAGACGUCCCCAUCAGAGUGCCCCUUUACAUCAGAUGUCCCCAGCAGAGUCCCCCUUUACAUCAGGUAUCCCCAUCAGUGUACCUCCUUACAUCAGGUAUCCCCAUCAGAGUCCCCCCAUACGUCAGAUGUCCCCAUCCCAAUGUCCCCUUACAUCCAUAUUUCUUGUCUAUGUACUGCCUAUACCCGGGAUGUUGCUGCCAUCAGACACACACAUAGACUCCUCAGGUCCCUCACACUCCUUACUGCA